AUGGACGCUUCAGCACCACCCACCUAUUCACUCGAUGACAUCAAGGCGCAAAUCUAUCCCUUCAACAAUUUUCAUCAUUGUCCUGCAACAUCUUCAGCUUACACCACUCCCAAUAACCACCCUUGGUGCCCAUUUCAAUCUCGACUUGAAUUUGAAGUAGCCGAGCUUGCUCUUGAGGUCGGAUUGAACAACAAACAAAUGGACUGUCUCAUCAACAUUUGCCAUCAAUGUUCUCUCAGAAAGGAUAGUUUUAUGCUGAAGAACCAUAAAGACAUUCACGGCAAGUGGGAAGCAGCGUCCCAUCGGAUCACAAAGUUCAUGAAAGAUGUGAUCUCAGUCCCCUACGACAGCAAGAUGCAGGAAUUCAAUGUAUACUACAGAGAUCUUUGGGAUCUCGCUACUGACCUACUUCGGGACCCUAACCUCUUCCCUCACUUCCAGUUCGACGCACAACACUUAUCGAAGUUUGAUGGGCAAACCUUCUCGCAACUACCACAAGAUGCAAAGCCACUAGCUUUCAUCCUAUACACCGAUAAAACAAGAUUAUCGUCAUUCGGUACUGCGAAAGGAUACCCCAGAUGGCUGCCAAUUGUAUGUCCCAAUGUUUGUCUCAUUGUGAUGGAAGAUAAAGAGCAUUCUGGAAAGUCAAGCUGGGUCAACUUCAAAAAUGCAGUCUGGCAUGAGUCAUUCGCGAAAAUCACCUCUUCGUUGGCAUCGAAAUCAAGGACAGAACAAUGGUACCCCUGCCUAGAUGGCAUUGAUCGGUGGUUCUUCCUUUGUCUACUUAUUUUGUCAGCUGAUUAUGAGGAACAGCAAGUACUAUCAUUCUACAUCAUGUUUUUCCUAACGAUAAUUUACAGGUGCGUUAUGUCACUUACUCGAGGGGUCAUGAGCCUUUGGCCAUGUCCUAUCUGUCUCAUUCCUCGAGACGAGCUUUGGGAUACGUCAAAACAAUAUACCCGCCGAAUUGCCGACACAUUGCGGGAUAUUGUACUGGCUGCACAGGAAAUGGACACCCAUGAAGAACAAGAAGAGCUUCUCAAACAACAUGGACUUCGUAAUGUUACUAAUUCAUUCUGGGCCAUCCAAUAUUCAGAUGUACAUCGAGCGCUAUCGCAUGACCGGUGUCACUACAACCAUGGUGGUCUUUGGUCUCGUCAUUACUGGGUCAAGCUGCAAAAGCACUUGGCAAGCCUUGGAAGGGCAAAUUUUGCAGCAUUUCCCCAAUGGCGAAAUUUGAAGCAUCUGAACCAAGUAAUGAGUAUUAUGUUUGCAGACAGCUCCAUCCAUGAAGAUAUAUCAAAGAUGAUAAUAUAUGCUAUGCACAACAUCCUAACAGAGGAAGCCUCUCCACUUGGGUACCUUCUAGUUCGCUGUGUACGCCUUUACCUCGAGGUCGACAUGUACGCUGCCUUCGAGGUUCACACAACAAAUACCAUCAGCGAGGGCAGAAGUGCCGUUCAAGCCCUAGCGGCAUUCAUGAAACAAUAUAUCACAGCAACAGAGGAGGAUGAUGAAGAUUGGAAUUUGUCAAAACUCCACAUGAUCAUGCAUCUAUUUGAUGAUAUAGAGGCCAAAGGGGUCACAAGGAACUAUAAUACGAAGCCAAAUGAGCAAAUGCAUGGGCCAUUGAAGGAUUGGUACCAGCGCUGGACAAACUUCAAGAACGUCACAGAACAGAUUCUUCAUAUAGACCACUGGCUACUCAUUGCGGAUGAUAUCCGUUGUCAAAUCUUUAACUUGGAUGAAUAUGUAAUAUCACAACACCAAGCAAACAACAUCGACAAAGAUGCCGACGAAGAUGAUCCUGACUCCAAGGUAUUGACGAACCCCAUAAGACAUGUUUUUGACCCUUUGGAUGGGUCUAUGCAUGUGAAAUUCGGGUCGAGGGAAGCUCCACAGACCUUUGGUCUCAUUGAGAAUUCCCACAAGGAUGACAUCGCGUUUUCCAACUUCCAUGUUAAGCUGAACUCAUUUUUAAAUGUAUUUCUACCUGCAAGCAACAUACCCCUACCAGAUGGGAAGAGAAUCCAUCUCUUAUCAACUCACACAAUCACGACAUGUCGACUGUUGCAUGUCAACUAUGAGUCAAUGGUGGACUGGCAACAAUAUACCGAUUACCUUCGGUGCAAUCCAAAGUUCUUUAAUGCACCACGUUUCGAUUGCGUGUUCAUCCAGACCAACCAAAAGGUCAUCUUUGGACACCUGCUCUUGCUUUUCGAGUGCCCAGUUGGAGACAAUGUAUUUCCACUUGCUCUCAUCCACCCGUAUGACGCUCCCAUAGGUGUACAACUUCAAAAAGACAAGCAUCUUAACCUUCUUAGAGUUCGAGCAAAACUGCGGGCACAGGCAGAGUUUUUCUCCACCAGGUCUAUCAUCCGUGGGGCACUUCUAGUGCAUGACGAAAACCUCGAUUACUUUGUUGUCGAUACAGUUGACACAGAUAUGUUCCUUCAUGUGAAGGAAAUGCAUCUGCAGGCAGGGCAUGUGGUGCGCAUUUGA